CACACCGGGACAGCAGGGCAGGGACAGCGGGGCGCGGCCGGGCGGGGUGUGCAGGGGCGCCGGGGCGACAGGCUAAAGUAAUCGAGGCCAGAGCAUGUGGCGGCGCCUAGUGCACCUGGACCUGAAGGGCGCCGCGCCGCGCGUGCAGUACCUGGAGCAGGUGCUGCCGCUGCUCCGCGCCCUGGGUGCCACCGGGCUGCUGCUGGAAUAUGAGGACACCUUCCCGUACACGGGGCCGCUGGAGCUGCUGCAGGCCCCCCACGCCUACAGCCCCGAGGAGCUCCGGGCGCUGCUGAGCCGGGCGCGGGCGCAGGGCCUGGACGUGGUGCCGCUGGUGCAGAGCUUCGGGCACAUGGAGUUUGUGCUGAAGCACAGGGAGUUCGCCCAUCUGCGGGAGGUGAAGGCGCUGCCCAACGCCCUGAACCCGCACAAGGAGGAGUCGCUGGCACUGGUCAAAGCCAUGAUUGACCAGGUCAUGGCCCUGCACGAGGACUUGCAGUGGUUUCACAUCGGAUGUGAUGAGGUCUACUACCUUGGUGAAGGAGAGGAGUCAAAGCAGUGGCUGCAGCAGCAAAACAACACUCCAGAGAAGCUGUGCUUAUCCCACAUAAAAGCAGUUGCCACUUGUUUGGCCUGGUCUUACCCCAUGGUGACACCCAUCGUGUGGGACGACAUGCUCAGGGGCAUGAGCGAGGAAACACUGGCAGAGUCUGGGGUCCCACAGCUGGUGCAGCCCAUGAUCUGGGACUACGCAGCAGACAUCGACGUGGUGGGCAAAGUGCAGCUCAUAGAGAAGUACCGCAGGUGCGGCUUCUCCAAGGUGUGGUUUGCAAGUGCCUUCAAGGGAGCCACGGGAGUGAAUCAGUCUCUAACACUGAUUGGGCACCACCUCAGGAACCAGCUGGAGUGGCUGCAGGUGGCCAGCAGGAGCCCUGCUGAUGUCCUCGAAGGUAUCGCGCUGACCGGCUGGCAGAGGUAUGAUCACUUCUCUGUUUUGUGUGAGCUUCUCCCUGUGGGAAUUCCAUCCCUGGCCGUGUGUCUGCAGGCACUAAAGAAUGGUGGCUAUUCUGAAAAGAUUAAAGAAAACGUGGAAAAUCUCCUGGGAAUGCCUAACCUGGAAAUUGAUACUUUCAUGAGCCCAAGUCUGGGGACAUUUCCUGGGAGCAAUAUCCUCACCCUUGUGACACAAAUCAGUUUCCACCUCAAGUCAUCAGUGGAUGAACUUCUCGAAAGGAACAGGAGUCCAGCUAAAGCCUCCCUGGCAGUGACAAACAGAUGGUGCUGCUGUUUCAUCACUGCUCCCACCAACAUCCAUUUUCAGGUAUGUCACAGGCUGGUUCAGCCCCUACCACAGGAAAAGGAAGAUAAUUCAUCCUAUUGUAAUGCACCACUUCCAGCCAGAUGCACUCAGCCUCUUCUCCAAGUGGAAUGCUGUGGUGCAAGACCUGCAAGCAGCCAUGGAGCAAGUUUUCCACAGGUGUGCUAUAGAGGAAUGGAUGGAGGAGAAUGUCCACCCCAGCCUCCAGAAGCUGCAGCAGGUGCUGGAUGAUUUAGAGGAAGCAAUAAGAGCACAAAAUUAAGGGCAUUUCAAUUAGUCUGACUCACUCCCUGGGAAAACACGGCUAGUGUUGGCUGGCCCUUGAGCUGGAGUUUGUCAUCUUGAGAGAGCAUGAACUAUGGUUAAACAAAAGUGACCUGAAGGCAUGAAGGAAUUUAUUAGCAUAAAACACUUCAACUCAAUUUUCCUGUCUUAACACAUGCUGAGCCUUAAUUCACCUGCCUGUAGGUCAGGUUUGCUGGCCUUGCAUAACAGAAUGCAGGAGUGAGUCACAGCUCACUCUCCUACAAGGCAGGAGAAAAACCCAGUUUCUUCCAAAUUCAGGAUUUGUAGCAACAGACUCGUACAUAACAACGACCUGGGAAAGUUCUACCCUAAUAUUUAGGAUACAUUAAAAAUGUUUGGGUCAUUAUGUUCUGCACCACAACCUGUCAGCUGUGCUCUGAGUUGUGUCCUACCACUCCAUCAAGAGGGAUCAGGAGCAAGAGGGAGCUCCUGGGCUUGGAGGGAAAAUGCCUUAACACAUGGGGCUGCUUCACUUUCUGCCACAGCACCCCCUAAGCUCAGCCUAGUCCCACCCCACAGAAAAGCACCACCCCACUCACUGAGGCAUCUCUUUAGCUGUGUGCAACCUGAAACUGCAACCUGCACUUUCCAGGUUUGUCCCACUUUGAGCCAUGACUAAAGCUACUAAAUAUAAGGAAAAAAUCCUGGUUGAUUCUGCUUUAAUGUCAAACUUGUCAUAAUGUAUAGAAAUAUAUUUUGGGGACUUUUGGUGAUUAUCCCAAUUCUCCACUAAAUGGAAAUAACUCAGAAGUAUGGUAGUUAAGCCUGUUACUCCAGCAUGAAUAUUCAAAGUAUUUAUUUUUGUGCUUCAUUUACUCCUUUAAUUUUUUUUUUUUGAAGCACUGGUAUUGAAAUUUUCUUGGAACAAAACAUACAAAAAGUAAAACUACAGCAUAAGACAAGCUUCAAGUGACUCAAGGAGAGCCUCAGUAACUAGGUCCACACACAGAUCUUUAUCUAAAAAGAAACAAUUGCUACGUAUACCUGUCACAUAGCUUGAACUAAACAAGAUCUUAACUUAUUUUACUUGAAUAAAACCUUUGAUACUCAAAGUGUUUGUAGAAGGGUGUUGCUUUUUGUGUGUGUGUAGCACAUUGGUUUGGUUUGAAGGAGGGAAAAUGAAAAAAUAUUCACCAACAGAGUUGAAUCUAUCAGCUUAUAUGGAAAUAAAAGCUGGACUGCUGCAAGCGUGUCAGCAGGGUUAUUUCUAAGCAGGUAUUUGGGCUUGUUCUAUUCU